CGCGCCGAUACAAGGUUAAGGAACCUAAUUCUCCAAUGCGUUAGUUGGAGAAAAAAUGACUAUUAAAAAUAAUGACUGUGCGGAAAACAAUGACAUCAGUCCUCCUACAGUGUUGGUCCAUUUGCUACUGCAACUAGCAAGACGCCUGCAUCGUCCUUGGAGUUUGUUCUGACCUUAAAACUAUAGUGAUUGACAACGCGAAGAUUUGAAUUCAUGAGCCAAAAAAGAAUCAUACAAAGUUUUGAGCAGUAUCAGAAAGCAAGGAUUCAGUUUGUGCAAGCUAUAGCUGAAUUUUCAACACAAAAACAGAAUACUGAUCUUUUGCAGAGUGCAGGCGUUAUGUCCCAUUUGAAGCCACUACUCUUGGAUGUUGUGCCAACAAUUCAGCAAAAUGCAGCGCUAGCAAUGGGUAGACUGGCAAACUAUAAGCGAGGAUUGGCAGAAGCCAUAGUUAAGGAAAACGUACUACCACACCUAGUUUAUUCUUUGGCGGAACAAAACAGAUUUUACAAACGAGCAGCUGCUUUCGUACUCAGAGCCGUUGCUAAACAUUCUCCAGAAUUAGCGAGAGAGGUAGUUCGCUCUGGAGCAGUAGACGCCUUAGUAAUUGGACUAGAAGAGUUUGAUCCAGCCGUCAAAGAAGGUUCUUCAUGUGCUCUCGGCUAUAUAUCGAGACACAACUGUGAUUUAGCCCAAACGGUAGUGGAUGCUGGAGCAGUGCCACUUCUUGUGCUUUGCGUCCAAGAACCGGAAUUAAGUGUUAAAAGGGCUGCUGCUGGCGCUCUGACUGAUAUCGCAAUACACUCAAAUGAGUUAGCUCAGGCAGUCGUUGAUGCCGGCGCAAUCGCUCAUCUUUCACAGUUUGUGUUGAAUCCGGACCCUUCCCUAAAGAGGCAAGUGCUCGCAGCACUCUCCGCUAUAGCCAAACAUUCGGUAGAUUUAGCAGAAUUAGUGGUUGAGUCGGAAAUUUUCCCCGCGGUACUCGUUUGUCUAAAGGAUCCGGAUGAAAUAGUGAGGAAGCACUGUGGAACGCUCAUUCGAGACAUCGCGAAACACACUCCAGAGCUCAGUCAACUUGUCCUGAACACCGGAGGGGUUUCAGCUAUUGUUGACUACGUGGGUUCAUCUGACGGUUACAUCUGUCUUCCAGGCAUCAUGGCCUUGGGUUACAUUUCAGCUCAUUCUGAGACUUUGGCAAUGGGUGUUAUUAUGUCUGAGGGGGUCACACAGAUUAAGCAAGUGUUGGAUCGGGAGACAAGUGAAGAAAUUCUCGCUGCAGCCGCAUGGGCAAUAGGUCAGAUAGGAAACCACACACCAGAACACGCUAAAGCGGUAGCCAAGUCUUAUGUGUUGCCAAAGCUUUUGGACUUAUAUCUUAAGGCAGACGCUUCCGAAGAGCUUAAAACACAAGCAAAGAAUGCCUUGAAGUUAAUAAUACAGCGAUGCAUUUACCUGGAAGCUCUCGAGCCGUUGCUUUAUCGAGCCCCGACGAAUAUUUUAAAAUACACAUUGGCACAAUUCAGCAAGGUGUUACCGCACGAUGCACACUACAGAAAGAUGUUCGUGACAACCGGCUGUUUGAAAAAAAUACAGGAAUUGAAAGAUGACUGUGAGAUUUUGGAAUACAUUACAGCUAUAAACAACUGUUAUCCGGAGGAAGUAAUAAGGUAUUACUCCCCAGGAUAUGUGGAAACACUAAUGGAACGAGUCUCAUCGUAUCAAGUACCGAUAUAAGUAAUUGACAAACGAAAUACAGCAAUUGACUGUAGUAACUUUCCAGUUAAUUUGCUUGCAUACAAUAACUUUGUACUGGUUUUAUAGAGAAAAUACAAAGGGUUGC